AUGUGCUCCACCGUCGAAGCCGAGCAGAUGAGCUGGAUCGAACUGGUGCGUGUGGGGUAUGUUGUAAGCGAGAUUCACGCCUACUGCAUCCUCUUAAAGUGCCACCGUGCGGCGCAGGCGACACUGAUAAAAACUGCGCUGGAGGAGGGCGCUGCACUAGGCUUGACGGCGCCGGUGGAGUACGUGAGUGACGCACAGCCAGUCAUCGUUACGCACUGUGCCUUUGCAGAGCCACGAGGAGAGCCGGAGGCCGAGGAAGUCGGCGCUGGUGAUCCCAGGAUCAGCGACCACGAACUCGACGGCGACCACCAUCAAGCUCACGCAGGCGCACGCUGGUGCACCGGCACCCACAAAGCUUCUCUAUGGGAAGCGAUCGCUACUGUUUACCCCAUCCGUGGCAACGGCGAUAGCGCUGGUGGUGAGGGCCACGGAGACGACGCCUCGGAUGGCGAUGACGACGAGCACCACGACACUUGCGGGUCUCUACAGCGGCACAAUCAGUACCACCAUCCCCACCACCUGCACCGUAGCCCGCAUACCGCGUCCUCUGGUCCUGCAACGCCCUCUCAAGCGCGGCGAUCGCCUGCUUUAACACCUGCGGUGCGCAAGGGCGCAGCCCCGCCACCGCCGCGGCACACCUCCGCGUUCACCGCCGCCGUGGCACCGUCCACAUGCAACCACGCGCCGUUGUCCCCAGCAGCAGCGGUGGGGCAAGCAGCGUUGAACUGUGCAGCCCACACGCCACCUCAUUUGCCCCUCGCCGGCGGCGGCGGCGGUGGCGGUGGUGGGCUGGGCCCGCUGCUGAGCAGCGAUUUUUGCCCCAUCUGCCUGGACCCCCUCUACCUCAGCACCUGCGUCACGACGCUCUGCCAGCACGCCUUUCAUUUAAGUUGCUACGCGCAGCUUCCCUCCGGAUCGGCCGAGUGCCCGCUCUGUCGCUUCUCCGUGUACGACCUGCUCAACGAUGCACGCUGCAAGGUGUGCGGCACCUACGAGGACCUGUGGGUGUGCUUGAUCUGCGGCCACGUCGCCUGCGGCCGGGCGCGACGCGAUCAUCAGCAAGAGCACUACCGCAGCUCAGGGCACUCCUGCUCGUGGCAGAGCACCACCAACCGCAUCCGUAACUCGAGCUCCCGCAUGUUUCUCCACCAGGAGGUGGCGCUGCUCCUCGAAGAGGAUGACGUCGAAGACAUGCCGAUGGCGGAGAAUGUGUACAGCAGAGGUGCCGCUACGCGGCUCCACAGCGCUGAUGCCGGCGCGAGCGAGGCUGGGACGUCCUCAGAGAACACCUCGACGGCAAAGACCGCAAUAACUGGGGCAGUGCCGCCGUCUGGUAGGAAUCACGUGCUGUACAUGUCUUGGAGCGACUCGUUGAUGGACCAUGACCUCCACGAGGCGCUGAAUGAGAGCAAGGAGGAGGCGGUAGCGCAGUACUACACACAAUUCCUUCAUCAGCUGGCCGAGGAGCAGCAGCGGUGGUACGAGGCAAAGCUGGCGGAGCGACGCCGCCGCCGAAGCGAGAGGCAGGUGGUGGCAGCGGGCGCCUCGGCUGGUGGUUGUCGCACAGAAAGCACGUUGUCGCAUACCACUCUGCGCCACAUUGCCAUGGACGAGCGGCGGCAGCGGCGUCGGGUGCUUUCCGAGUACGUCCAGACGACCAUUAGCCUCCUCCACGAUGCCCAGCGCGAGUACGCCGGCAUGACUCGCAAGCUCAAGGCCGCGCGCAAUGAAGUACAGCAGCAGGUGCUUCUCUGCUCGCACCUUAAUUCUGGCCUUUCGGAGCAGGUGGAGCAAGUCCGUCAGCGCACACAAGAGCUGCAGCGCAAGGGGGAGAAGACCUCACAGCAAAAAGCGGCCGAGGAGGCGAACCUGCAGCGCCUCGUGGACGAGGCGCUGUCGUCACUGUGA